AUGUUGGCCAACCUCGCAGUGCUCGAUCCGCCUUACGAGAACUACUUCUACUCCGACUGUGGUGUCGACGCUCAAGUCGUGGUGACCAGUCCUUUGCCAGACUCUAAUCUCUCGAUCAUCGGCCCUCGCUUGAUCAUAGCAUGGCCGGCCGGCAACAGCGGCAUCUGCACUUUCUUCGAGCCUGAAGACGGCAAGAAUGGCACAUUGGGCAUUGAGCUCGUCAACUCCACCGUCGGCGAGCCACUCGCGGCCAUCAAUGUCGAGGAAAGCAACAACAACUACUCCUUCGUCGGCGUGCAAGGUGUUAUUGCGUUCAAUUCUUCAGCGAAGCUGACGGUGCCCAUCUUGGGAAGUGUCCGUACCAUUCGGGAUUUCACAGAAGGUCCGAGUCUGCUGUAUCCCAAGAUUCAGGAUGCCAUCAAUGUGACAAGAUACAACUCGACUGGCGCUUUGAUCUCCAGAAUGUGGCUUGACAACUCCACUGUGUCGAAUUUCACCCUGGUACCGUACAGUAACAAUUCGACAAACAUCACUAUUGACAAUGGAACACUUUCAUUCGAUUCGGGCUUUUACCUGUUCACUGCAUCUUUCAACUAUCCUCAGCUGGAGCAGCUGACACCCGAGGAGGUCCUGAACAACGCUUCUCAGACGCUAAUCGAUGAUCAAGAAGCAGAAACUACGUCGCUCUCCUUCCUCUCGUACACCGACAAAUUACUUGCAGGAGCCUGGCGCUUUCUUACCUACUUUGGCAGGGACAGCAUGAUUGCUGCCCUGUUGCUCGAGCCUGUCCUAUCGACGGGAAAUGCUUCUGCCACAGAAGCUGUCAUUGGAGCUGUGUUGGAACGCAUCAACCGCACGGAUGGUUCAGUCUGCCACGAAGAGACGUUGGGUGACUACGCGACCUGGCUGCAUCUGCAGGACAAUGAAACGUCAACGGACCCGAUCUUCACUUAUCCUAUGAUUGACACAGACUUCUAUCUGCCUGUCAUCAUGGCCCGGUAUUUUGAGCGCUUCCCAGACCGGAUUGAGCCACUCUUGUCGAGGGAAGCUGGCAGUGUUGAUGUGGCCAACCAAAACCUCACCUAUGGCAAUCUCACAGCUAUCAAUGCAGACAAAAUUCUGCGCAUCACCGCUCCAUUCGCCAAUAAUCAGACUCAGGGCAAUUUGAUUUCUCUGAAGAGUAGCGAAAUUGUAGGAGAGUGGCGCGACUCGACGUAUGGCCUUGGUGGUGGUCGCAUUCCCUUCGACGUCAACACGGCUCUCGUGCCUGCAGCACUUCGCGCACUAUCACAGCUCGUCGAUAUGGAAGGAGUCUUGCCUGACGCUGCCUUCACGUCGUCCGAGAUGUCGGAUCGCGCAAAAAUAUGGGAAGACUCGACUCUGGAAUUCUUUCAGACUUCUCUGAGCACCACAGAGGCAUCUUCACGCCUGGAGGACUACGUCAGCAGCGUUGACUACUACAGUGGACCGACUUACAACGAUACGCUCCCUGAGUCGGGUAAUAUCACCUCAUAUGCAAUAGCACUCGACGGCUACGAUGACCUGUCUGUGGUGGACGUCAUGCACAGCGACACCUCCUUCCGCAUGUUCUUUGUGAACUCGACCGAUCAGGAACAGCUGACAUCAUUCAUGAACUCGACCGCCCAGGAAAUCAAUCGACCCUUCCCAGCUGGCCUGCUCACAGGCGUGGGAAUGGUAGUCGCAAAUCCAGCACUCUCCGGCUCAGACGUGCUGAUCCAGAACUUCACCAAUGCCGCUUACCACGGAACAGUAGUGUGGUCAUGGACUCUCGCAAUGAUGGCCGAGGGCUUCAAUCGCCAGCUCUCUCGCUGCAAUUCUACCCUAGAGACGGCACCAGAUUGGUGCAACAACACCAGCGUUUUUGGCAACGUGGUCAAUGCAUAUAACAACUUAUGGGACGUGAUUGAGGCCAAUGAGGCUCAGUUGCAGAGUGAAGUCUGGAGUUGGACGUACGACAACUCUACCGAGGCCUCUUCGAAUGGUACUACUGGCUACACGGUCACUCCAUUGGGUGCUCUGCCGCCGCCUCCUGGUGUCUCGGGCGGGACGGAGAGUAACGUUCGGCAGCUUUGGAGUUUGACGUUCUUAGCUGUGAAGAGGAACGAAGCGUGGACUUAG